AUGCUGCGAAAUGCGGCGAAUGCUGCCAAGGGGGCGGCGAAGAAAGCCGUAACAGAGCUUUCCCAAUAUCCAAAGCCUGGCGAGAAAGUACAUGGCUUCACUCUGCUUAGGACAAAACACGUCCCAGAGCUCGAGUUGACUGCUCUUCAUUUGAAACAUGACAAGACAGGAGCCGAUUAUCUGCACAUUGCCCGCGAUGAUAGCAACAAUGUUUUCUCCAUUGGUUUCAAGACGAAUCCCCCGGAUGACACCGGCGUCCCGCAUAUCCUCGAGCACACCACCCUCUGCGGCAGCGAAAAAUAUCCCAUUCGGGAUCCCUUCUUCAAGAUGUUGCCGCGCAGUCUGUCAAACUACAUGAAUGCCAUGACAUCCACGGAUCAUACCUUCUACCCGUUUGCGACAACCAACGAGCAGGAUUACCAGAACCUCAUGUCCGUCUACCUCGAUGCGACAUUGAAUCCUUUGCUGAAGAAGACCGACUUUACCCAGGAGGGCUGGCGCAUUGGUCCCGAGAAUCCACGAGCGGCGGAACAAGCUGGCGAUGCAAAGCCCGAAGACAGCAAGUUGGUCUUCAAGGGAGUGGUGUACAAUGAGAUGAAGGGUCAAAUGUCCGAUGCAGGCUACCUAUUCUACAUUCGCUUCCAAGACCACAUCUUCCCUGACAUCAACAAUUCUGGCGGCGAUCCUCAAAAGAUUACCGAUCUCACUUAUGAGCAGCUCAAGAAAUACCACGCCGACCACUACCACCCGAGUAAUGCCAAGCUGCUGACCUAUGGCGAUAUGCCUCUGGCCGACCAUUUGAGGGAAAUCGACGCUCAACUCGCUGCGUUUGAAAAGAUUGAGGCGGACAUUGAUACCAAGAGACCCAUCGACUUGAGCGGCGGACCUCGUAAUGUCACUCUGUUUGGUCCUGUUGAUCCCCUCGCGGAUCCCGACAAGCAGUACAAGACUUCCGUCUCUUGGAUCACUGGAGACACAAGUGAUAUUGUCGAGUCUUUCGGCAUGUCUAUUCUAGCAAAUCUGCUCACUGACGGCUACGGAUCGCCCCUCUACAGAGGUUUGAUCGAGUCGGGUCUUGGUACUGAUUACAGCCCAAAUAGUGGCUACGACUCCCACACUGCGACAGGCAUUUUCUCUGUUGGUUUGACAGGAGUGCAGGAAAGUGACGUGGAGAAGAUCAAGCCUGAAGUGCAGAAGAUUCUGCAAGACGUACGGCAGAAGGGGUUCGACCGGUCCAAGAUUGAUGGCUACAUGCACCAGUUGGAGCUUUCACUGAAGCACAAAACUGCCAGCUUUGGCAUGGGACUUGUUCAUCGAAUCAAGUCACCUUGGUUCAGGGGAACGGAUCCACUAGACUCCCUCGCCUGGAACGAAGUUAUCGACGCUUUCGAGGCAAACAUGGCCAAAGGUGGAUAUCUUGAAGGGCUCAUGGAUAAAUAUCUUCUGAACGAUAACACAAUGACCUUUACAAUGGCGCCGUCCCAAACCUACGGCGCAGAUGUCGCCAAGGAGGAAGACGAACGCCUUGCUGCCAAGAUCAUGGAAGCGACUCAAGAAGCUGGAAGCGAGACGGACGCUCGCAAGUUUUUUGAGCAGCGCGAGCUGGAACUUCUCGAGGAGCAGGGAAAGACGAACACGGAAGACCUGAGUUGCCUUCCAACAGUCUAUGUUCGGGAUAUUCCGAGGCAAAAGGAGACUGUUUCGGUCAGGGAUGAAGUCGCACACUCGACCAACAUCCAGUGGCGCGAGGCUCCCACAAACGGUCUCACCUACUUCCGAGCUAUUAAUACCCUUGAGAACUUGCCUGAUGAGCUUCGAGUUCUGAUUCCACUGUUCACGGAUUCGAUCAUGAGGUUGGGAACCAAGGAUCUUACAAUGGAACAGAUUGAAGAUCUCAUCAAGCUCAAGACUGGUGGCAUCUCUGUGGGAUACCAUAGCACGUCCUCGCCAACGGACUUUCGUCAGGCCACAGAAGGAAUUAGUUUGUACGGAAUGGCGCUGGACAGAAAUGUUCCCGAGAUGUACAACCUGCUUCAAAAACUGAUUUUGGAGACCAACUUUGACAGUCCUGAAGCGCCCAAGCAGAUCAGACAGCUGCUAGAAGCUUCAUCGGAUGGAGUUGUUAGCGCCAUCGCCUCUUCUGGCCAUUCCUACGCGUAUAAAGCCGCUGAAGCGGGUCUUACGCGUGAUGCUUGGUUAGGCGAGCAAGUAUCCGGUCUGACCCAGGUCAAACUUACAGCAGAGUUGGCCGGGCGCCCAGAGACGGACAGAUACGAGGAUGUCAUUAGCAAAUUGAAGCAGAUCCAGCAGUUUGCGCUGGCUGGCUCCAAUAUGCGCGUCGCUUUGACCUGUGGUGCAGACAGUGUCGCAGCAAAUUCGAACGCCCUAGCCAGUUUCAUGUCAGCACGUCCAUCGGAAGCAUUGAAAUUCCCCGAUUCUCAGCCAUCAGCUUUGCCUCGGGAUAUCAAGGCCUUCUAUCCUCUUCCAUACCAAGUUUACUAUGGAGGUUUUGCGAUUCCGACAGUCUCGUACACACACGAACAUGGCGCACCACUCCAAGUCUUGUCGCAGCUCCUGACAAACAAGCACCUGCACCAUGAGAUUCGUGAAAAGGGUGGUGCCUAUGGAGGCGGCGCCUAUAUGAAGGGCUUGGACGGUCUCUUUGGCUUUUACUCGUACCGAGAUCCCAACCCUCAAAACACGCUAAACAUCAUGCGCAAUGCUGGCCGAUGGGCGGUGGACAAGAAGUUCGCAGACCAGGACCUGGAAGAGGCAAAGAUUUCCCUCUUCAAGAACAUUGAUGCUCCCAAGUCUAUCAACACGGAGGGUAUGGACCGCUUCAGGCACGGCCUCAGCGAUGAAAUGAAGCAGAGGCGCCGAGAACAAAUGCUUGAUGUGAGCAAGGAACAAAUCCGCAAUGUCGCGCAAAAGUACAUUGUUGAAGCUAUUGAGAAGGGCCAGGAGAGAAUCGCUUUCCUAGGAGAGCGCAAGGAGUGGGUUGAUGACUCGUGGAGCGUUCGUGAAAUGAACGUGAGUGGCAGUGCCUCUGCCGCCGAUGAGGUUGACUAA